ACUUCACAAAAGCUAAAAGCUUCCUUCCUCCUUUUUCUCUAACAUCCCUAAGAGAGAAUUGGGAUCGCUUCUUAGGGUUUCCACCAAGCAAUCCGUCACCAGCUCUCAAUCUGAGGGCUCUGUGUUGCUGCUGAGGGAGACAAAUGUCAGGUGGAACUCCGCGUGGUGGUGGUGGCUACAUUAGGCAAAGGCAUAGCCAAGGGUAUGCAUCUGGUGGCGAUGAUCUUGAGGACGAUGCUUGCUCUAGGCACCAGCCUUUCUCCCUUGAGAGUCCUAGGUGUAAGACUUGGGUCGAGGUUUUGGAGAAUGUGCUUUGGAUUGCCUCUGCUGUGUUCAUCAUUUACUUUGGUGACAUGCAUUCCAACAUGAUUUACAUCUUGUUACACGAUGCCCGGAUCAAAAGGAUGCCAUUGUAUUUGGGGAUGUUGGGGAUAGUAGUGAACGUUAUGAUCAUAAUCUACGAGAGUAUGUUGUCGUGGAGCAUGAGAAGGUUUGAUGAGAAAUGGGAACUGUGGAGUAUCUCUGCUCUGCCUUUCAUCACCCUGCUUGGCAUCAUUUCAUUCUGCCUGCUCUCGUUUGCUUUAUGGCCUAUAUGGGGAUUCUUGACUCUCCCUCUUCUGUUCACAUUGUUCAUGGCAUGCCUUGUUGUGUUCCCACAUCUCUCGAUCAUCAAACUGAGGCCACAAAACGAGGAACUUCGCAUAGAUUGAGAGAGAGAUAGAGUGAGUGGGUAUCCCUUUUUUUUUCUGUCUUCUUUGUGAGAAGUGAAUAAGUGUGAAAAGGGAAAGAGGGAUGUGGUUUGGAUUGAGGUAUGUAUAGAUAGAGAUAUAGAUGAGAACUCAUUGAUGAUCUAAUAGAGAGAGAGAGGGAUCUUUUUUUUUCUUAAUGUUUUUUUUCUUAGUCUCUUGAGAGUAUAUUGGUUCAUGUCUUGUUUCAUUUCUACGUGCAGUGCAAAAAAAAAGAUAAUCUCAUUCGCCUCCUU